AUGUAUGCAAAUGUCUUUAUAUCAGACUCUAUAUUCUUCAAUAACUAAGCUAUUGAAAGGACGAAAGGAAUUUUAUGUGGCUUUGCAAAUAUGACAAUUCAUAAUGUUGAAUUUGAAAGUUCAUCAAAUAUUUAUUGGUAAAAUGAACUUUAAGAUGUGAAGAUCACUGGCUCCUAAAUUUACAAAUGGGAUGUCAAAAGAGGGUGGAGCAAUACAUAUAUCAGAGGUCUAGAAAUAAGAGAUUCUUUUUUUAUCAAUUUAAGAUCUGCUUAAGGAGGAGCAAUAUACAUACUUGAAUCAGAUUUAGGUAAAGAAACUACAAAUAAAAACAAUAAAAAGUUUUAAAUCAUUAAUUCUACCUUUACCAACUGUACUAGUGAAUAAGGAGGGGCUUUAAUGCUUGAUAAUUCUCAAUCUGUUUUUAUUUAAAAUAGCUAAUUUAUUGGAAACAAUGCUAAGGUUAUUCCAGAAUAUUAAAUUCAUGCAGUAGAUGAAGCUUCUGGAGGAGCUAUUUAUUAUACUUGUAAUGAUGAAAUUUUAAAUUGCAUUCUAACUUUUGAUGGUAUUAAUUUGUUUAAAGAUAAUUAUGCCCAGAUUAAGGGAGGAGCAGUUGUCUGGACCACACUUGAGCCUAUUUUUAUUAAAAAUAAUCUUAAUUUCAUAAAUAACUCUGCAUUUCAAUAUGGAGAUAAUUUAGCAUGUUUCCCUUAAAAAUUGGGAUCGUUAUCAGAAAAUUAAUAUUUGGCUCAUAUGAUAAAAUUAGGAUUGAAAGAAAGUCCAGACCAAAGACUAUUAUAAUUUACUACAGAUAAAAACAUUCAGUUUCAUUAAUCAGUUCAAGACUAAAGGAGUGGUGGUGCAAUCCCAGUCUCUUACAUGGCUUUAAUAGAUUAAUAUGGAUAGAUUGUAGGAUCAGAUUUUAGAAGUAAAGUUAGAAUUUCUAUUUAGACAGAUAAUCUAGAUGAAAAAGCCAAUAUGUACCCACCCAUACUUUAAGGAAGUAGUGAUUUUCAAGCAUCUGGCGGUGUUGCAGUAAUUAAGGAUGUAAUAAUUUCCGGAACCCCUGGAAGCUCAUACAAUGUAACAUUUUCAUCUGAUGUAAUUGAUCUUAACAAGUUGUCAAACAAAAAAGAAAUGGAGCUGAUACAAAAAGCAAAUCUCGACUUCUUAUUAGAUAUAAAUCUUAGAGAAUGUAGUGUAGGAGAAUAGUUUACAUCAGCUGGUAAAUGCAUUGAGUGCUAGGACAAUACCUACUCUCUAAUAAAAAUGAUUGAACCAAACACUUGUGAAAUUUGCCCCUCUGAAAAAGCUAUAUGUCAUGGAGGUACCAAUAUUGGCCCUUUGCCAGGAUAUUGGAGAAAAAGUAACACAACUAAACGAAUUGAAAAGAAUACUCUGUAGAGACUGUAGCAAAGGCUAUUCAAGAGAUAAUGA